AGAGAACAGGCGGAAGAAAUUGAAUCCUCUCUUCUCGGAUCUCUCCCUCUCCCUGUUCUCUUCUCUCCCCUUUCUUCUCUGUCUCGCCAUGGCGACUCCGAGAUCUCCAUCGAUUCGGAACCUCUUCAUUGCUGCUGUUCUCUUGCUUCUUAUUCAUGGAGUCAGCUGUUUCUACCUUCCUGGUGUUGCCCCCGAGGAUUUCGAGAAGGGGGAUGAAUUAAAAGUGAAAGUAAACAAAUUGACGUCAACAAAGACUCAGCUUCCUUACUCGUAUUAUUCACUCCCGUUUUCUCGUCCAGAAAAUAUAUUGGACAGCGCAGAGAAUCUGGGUGAAGUUCUUCGAGGGGACAGAAUUGAAAAUUCCCCCUAUGUGUUCAAAAUGCGGGAACCUCAGAUGUGUAGUAUUGUUGGCCGGAUUAAACUUGAUGCUAAAGAAGCAAAGGAUUUCAAAGAGAAGAUCAAUGAUGAGUAUCGCGUCAACAUGAUUCUGGAUAACCUUCCCUUGGUUUUCCCCAUUCAAAGGCAGGACCAGGAGUCUCCUGUUGUUUACCAGAUGGGUUACCAUGUCGGGCUUAAAGGCCAAUAUACUGCGAGCAAAGAUGAGAAGUAUUUUAUCCACAAUCAUUUAGCAUUUACAGUCAGGUAUCAUAAAGAUAUGCAAACUGAUGCUGCAAGAAUCGUAGGAUUUGAGGUCAAACCAUUCAGCGUCAAGCAUGAAUACGAGGGGAACUGGAAUGAUAAGAACACUCGUCUUACAACCUGCGACCCGCAUGCCAAACAUAUGGUUGUUAAUUCCAACUCUCCGCAGGAAGUUGAUGAGGGAAAGGAAAUCAUAUUUACCUACGAUAUUGAGUUUCAGGAGAGUGAAGUGAAGUGGGCUUCUAGAUGGGAUGCGUAUCUUUUGAUGAGCGAUGACCAAAUACAUUGGUUCUCAAUCGUGAAUUCAUUGAUGAUUGUUCUUUUCCUCUCCGGCAUGGUUGCAAUGAUCAUGCUCCGUACACUAUACCGUGAUAUCUCCAAGUACAACGAACUUGAGACCCUGGAAGAAGCCCAGGAAGAGACAGGGUGGAAGCUUGUCCAUGGGGAUGUCUUUAGGCCUCCUAAGAAUUCAGAUCUAUUAUGUGUGUACGUUGGAACGGGAGUUCAGUUCUUGGGAAUGGUCGUCGUGACAAUGAUGUUCGCCAUCCUUGGAUUCCUCUCCCCUUCAAACAGAGGUGGACUCAUGACAGCCAUGCUCUUGCUCUGGGUCUUCAUGGGACUUUUUGCUGGUUUUGCUUCGACCCGACUGUACAAAAUGUUCAAAGGUACAGAGUGGAAGAGGAUUGCUCUAAACACCGCAGUCAUGUUCCCUGCCACCAUAUUCGCCCUGUUCUUCGUUUUGAAUGCCUUGAUUUGGGGACAGAAAUCAUCCGGAGCUGUGCCCUUUGGAACAAUGUUUGCUCUAGUCUUCUUAUGGUUUGGAAUCUCAGUCCCCCUUGUCUUCGUGGGUAGCUACGUUGGGUUCAAGAAACCAGCAAUUGAAGAUCCAGUGAAGACGAACAAAAUUCCCAGGCAGAUCCCAGAGCAAGCGUGGUACAUGCACCCAGCCUUCUCAGUUCUGAUCGGAGGAAUCCUCCCCUUUGGCGCCGUUUUCAUUGAACUCUUCUUCAUCCUUACCUCAAUUUGGCUGAACCAGUUCUACUACAUUUUUGGUUUCCUCUUCUUGGUCUUCAUUAUCCUCCUCAUCACUUGCGCCGAAAUCACCAUCGUGCUCUGCUACUUCCAACUCUGCAGCGAAGAUUACCUGUGGUGGUGGAGAUCUUACCUAACCUCUGGCUCAUCCGCCCUCUACCUCUUCCUGUAUUCGACCUUCUACUUCUUCACCAAGCUUGAAAUCACCAAGCUGGUCUCUGGGGUAUUGUACUUUGGAUAUAUGCUGAUUGUCUCAUAUGCAUUCUUUGUGCUCACCGGUACCAUUGGCUUCUAUGCAUGCUUUUGGUUCACAAGGCUCAUCUACUCAUCGGUGAAAAUCGAUUAAUGAAUGCAAAAACCGAAGGCCGAGCUGAUCUUCGUCGACACAUUUUGCUCCAUUUACUUACAUUUGCAGGAUGCCGAAAUUAUAUUCUUGUAAGAUUUUGAAAUUUUAGUAAUUACUAUGUGCUGCUUUCAGAUGUAACCUAUUGUACUCAAUUUUGAAUGAUGACAAUUCCUGUUGCCAUAGCCAGAUUAUUCGUUCUCGCUUCUCA